ACACUGGCCAUUGUUAUCAUUUUUAAUUUCACAAUCAAUUUACCGAAUAAUUACUAUUUAAGCUGAAGCCAUGCAGGCACCUCCUCCGGAACAUUGUCCUGGCGUGGAGAGCGAGCAGGCGGGCAAGGGAAACGCCUGUGCCGGCUGCCCGAACCAGAGCAUCUGCAGCGAUCCCAGCAAGAAAGUGGAGGAUCCCGGCAAGGCCUUGGUGGCCGAAUCCCUAAGAGAUGUGCGGAACAAGCUGCUGAUCCUCUCAGGAAAAGGAGGCGUGGGCAAGAGCACGGUGACCAGCCUGCUGACCCGCUACCUGGCCAGGAGUUGUCCGGACAGCAACUUUGGCGUCCUGGACAUCGACAUUUGCGGUCCGUCGCAACCUCGUCUGAUGGGCGCCCUGGGCGAGAGUGUCCAUCAGUCGGGUUCCGGCUGGUCACCCGUGGGCGUCGACGACAACGUAUGCCUGAUGUCCAUUGGCUUUCUGCUCGGCUCCGUCGAUGAUGCCAUCAUCUGGCGGGGUCCCAAGAAGAACGGCAUGAUUCGGCAGUUCCUGAGCGAGGUGGACUGGGGCAAUCUGGAUCUCCUGCUGCUGGACACACCGCCCGGCACCUCCGAUGAGCACCUGUCCGUUGUUUCCUAUCUAAAGGACGACACCAAGCCGGAAUCACUGCGCGCCGUCCUGGUGACCACGCCACAGGAGGUGGCUCUGCUGGAUGUGCGCAAGGAGAUCAACUAUUGCAAGAAGCAGAAUAUUCCCAUUGUGGGCGUCAUUGAGAACAUGAGCAGUUUUCGCUGCGGCAGCUGUGGCAACAGCUCGGAGAUCUUUCCGGCCAAAACCGGAGGAGCAGCGGCCAUGUGCGCCGAAAUGGGAGUUCCACUGCUGGGCUCCCUGCCCCUGGAUCCCCUGGUAGCCAAAGCAGCCGAUUCUGGCGAGGAUAUAACGGAGAUGAAGAACUCUACCACUGAGGCGCUGCAAGGGAUUUGCUCACGGAUUAUGGCUAGCUUUAGUUAGGAAUGUAAAAAUGUUAUAAUAUACACUUUUGUA